GGUUCAUUACUCCUUGGCGAGUAAUCGCGUUAUACAAGUAAAUAUUUUCCCGUGUACAAUUUUGUACACGAUACACAGUGUGCUAUUCGGUUUUUUCUUUCAAUAAAUUUUGACGUGCGUGUAUUAAUGCUAAUCCUUCGCUUAACGAAAAAACAUAUUCAAGGAACAUGGGUGUACCAGCUUUCUUUCGGUGGCUUAGCCGAAAAUAUCCUUCGGUUAUCGUCGAAUGCAUCGAACAAAAAAAAACAACAACUGAUGGAGUCCCUGUGCCCAUUAAUUCAGCCGACCCGAAUCCAAACGGAGUAGAAUUUGAUAAUUUGUAUCUCGAUAUGAAUGGCAUAAUACAUCCCUGUACACAUCCAGAGGACAAGCCUGCACCUAAAAAUGAAGACGAAAUGAUGGAAGCUAUAUUCGAAUGUAUCGACAGAUUAUUUUGUAUCGUUAGGCCAAGAAAAUUGCUUUACAUGGCUAUUGAUGGUGUUGCGCCAAGAGCGAAGAUGAAUCAGCAACGUUCUCGUCGAUUCCGUGCAUCGAAAGAGACUAGUGAGAAACUCAGCGAAAUGGAGAGAAUACGGUCAGAAUUAGCUUUGAAAGGAGCAUAUUUACCACCGGAAAAACCAAAGGGUGAACAUUUCGACAGUAAUUGCAUAACUCCGGGCACACCUUUUAUGGCGAGAUUAUCGGCUUGCUUACAUUAUUACAUUCACGAGCGAUUAAACAAUGAUCCUGGCUGGAGAAACAUUAAAGUUAUACUUAGUGAUGCUAACGUGCCUGGAGAAGGAGAGCACAAAAUCAUGGAUUUUAUCCGCAAGCAGCGAGCCCAACCCGAUCACGAUCCAAAUACUCAGCAUGUUCUAUGCGGUGCUGACGCCGAUUUGAUAAUGUUGGGUCUGGCGACUCACGAGCCAAAUUUCACGAUUAUUCGUGAGGAAUUCAAGCCAAACAAGCCACGCCCUUGUGACAUAUGUGGUCAACUAGGUCACGAGAUGAAAGAUUGUACAGGUUCCGAACCGAAUCAGCAGAAGGAAGACGCUGCUUUUGGUUCCGAAUGCCAAUUCAUAUUCGUUCGUUUGAACGUUUUACGUGAAUAUCUCGAGCGGGAAUUACAAAUGCCGAAUUUACCGUUCAAGUACGAUUUCGAGCGUGCCAUCGACGAUUGGGUUUUUAUGUGCUUUUUCGUGGGAAAUGACUUUUUGCCACAUUUACCAUCGCUCGAGAUUCGCGAAGGAGCUAUCGACAGGCUCGUUAAUCUCUAUAAAAAGACUGUUUAUAAAACUGGGGGCUUCUUAACUGACAGUGGUGAUGUUAAUCUUGACAGAGUACAACUCAUACUUUCCGACCUCGGUGACGUUGAAGAUGAAAUCUUCAAGAAACGACAACAGAACGAACUCGCAUUCAAACAACGUGAAAAAAAUAAGAAACGCAGGAUGGAAGCUAUCAGUAAUUACAAACCGAACUGGACACCUGUCGGCCAAUUCGCUCCGACUCCACUUGGCCAAGGUAGCAAACCUGUGCAAAAUGCACGGCAGGAAGCCUACAAAAUGCGAAUGCAGGGAAGGGAUUACAACACGAAUGCAACCGAACAGGCCUUGAAAGGAACAAACGCGAAAACGGCGUUGCAAAGUAUGAUAGAACCGGAAGGUUCCAAGGAGUCUGGUAAAAAACGCAAAGCUCAAGAUGAGGCCGCAGAAGAAGAGGAUGAUCAAGCUCACGAUGAAGUUCGAUUGUGGGAAGAUGGCUUCAAAGAUCGAUACUACGAAUCCAAAUUUGAUGUCGCGCCCGAUAAUUUUGCAUUCCGUAAUAACGUUGCCUUACAGUACGUUCGUGGAUUAUGUUGGGUUUUGCGUUAUUAUUAUCAAGGCUGUGCAUCCUGGAAAUGGUAUUUUCCAUAUCAUUAUGCACCGUUUGCCAGUGAUUUCAUAAACAUCGGUGGUCUCUCUACGGAGUUUGAAAAGAAUACAAAACCAUUCCGUCCGCUGGAACAAUUGAUGGGCGUGUUUCCAGCUGCUAGUAGCAGUCACGUUCCAAAACCCUGGGCGAGCCUGAUGAGUGAUCCGAAAUCACCGAUCAUCGACUUUUAUCCAGAAGACUUCAGGAUUGAUCUAAACGGCAAGAAAUUCGCUUGGCAAGGUGUGGCGCUCCUACCGUUCGUCGAUGAAAAAAGGUUAUUCAAAGCUUUGGAGCCUUAUUACGAGGCCUUGACGGACGCGGAGAAAAAGCGUAACAUACGAGGUGACGAUCGGUUAUACGUUGGCCUCGGGAGCAGUGGUUACAAUUUUCUCAAGGGGCUUUACACGAACAAAAUCGACAUGGAAAUCGAGACCGAAAUAUCGAUCGAUGGAAUGCGAGGCUCUGUUUUGAUUGCCGAGGAUUGUGUGGGCGACGGAGCCACGUUACCUUCUCCAAUCAAAGGAAUACCGGUCCGGUGCAACAAAGUUUAUUGCAUACGAUACCGUGACCCGAAGUACAAUCCAGGCUUCAUAUUCCCUGCGAAACGAUUGAAGGGAGUACGAGAGCCACCGAAAGUUCUCAAGCCUCAGGACUUUGAACAAAUGAAUCGUAACAACGGCAAUCAAUGGAGGCCACAGAUUGGAUUUACACCUUCGAACAAAAUUGCUUCGCUCGGUGAUGCGGGACAUCGCAUGCUCGGGCACCACACUAACACGAACAGAGUUCUGCAGCCUUAUUCCCACGUGCCACCGCCUCAAUCGACAUAUCCGCAUCAAGUUCAGGCUCGGGGUUAUCAGAGUGGCUAUCAAUCCAGUUCUGGUGGGGGUUAUAACUCAAAUUCUGGUGGCAGCGGUGACAGAUACGCUGGAAAUCGUGGCUACCAAAAUUACUCCCAGCCGCAGCAGCAGUCGGGACCGUGGGCCGGUGGUUAUGGCACUCAACCCUCCGGUUAUCAAACCCACAAUCAUCAUCAGAGAUACGGCCAACAAUCUUACGGUCAUCGCAGCGGUCACAAUCCACAACGCGGUCAUCAUCAGCAAAGUCGGACUCAUCCGUAUCAGAAUUCACAGCAUGGAUAUCAGAAUCAGCAGUCGGGUCGUUACGGAGGUGGCGGGAACGGAGGUACCGGAGCAUGGAGAAACCGAUAAUCGCUGCUAUCCAAAAUGUUAUGCUGCUAUUGAAUCGCCUGGAUGAAUGUGGAAGAAAAAACGAAAAGCAGGAACAUCGAUCGUUGCGUUUUUUUUCGUCAAACUGACCGUCAUGAUGCGUCGAUUGGUAAGACGUGUCAAUGGUGCUCAGACAUUCGGGACGUGCAAUGCUGCAACCUACAAAAUAGCUCGGAUACAGAAGAAACGAAAAGGGUCGAAAGAAACAACAGUGUUCGACAGGUUCUCGAGUCAGUGAGAAAUAAUCAUCAAUUUAUCGCAUUUUCGUGGUCGCUGAAUGUCAGCGCAAUUGUACAAUACUCGUCAACUUGUAUAUCUCAUCAACUUUACGACUUGUACAUAUAAAUAUUCAUCGAUAUAUACGAGCGAGCCACGCAAAAGUAUCUGAAGCUAAAUAAUUUCAUUACUUUCUACAUUGCGAUUUGAAUUUGUAUACACAGCCUCGAAUAAUUUGCUGCACAUUCGUCGCUAUAUCACCGUAAAGCAUAAGGAAGAAUGUGAAAUUUUUAAUAUUGCCUAUAUUCUGUAUAAGCACCAACGACUAUAUUCGAUUUAAUUUUCUAAAAAAUUGCGCGUACAUGUUUCGAGUGAAGAAUAAGUGAUUGCAUAAUGAUCAGAAGGGAGAAAAAUUUGUAGAAAUCUUCGCAGCGAUGUUACGCUCUGGUGAUUGUCACUUGUUAAAUCUUGGGGCUGAUCGUUACUCAGCAAAUGAAAAAGAAAAGAAACACGUCGAGUGUCGAUAACGAUGCGACUUUAGAUCUAUUUUUACUCGAUCGAAUAAACACAAUUAUGUUCGUAAA